UGCGCUCGCUCUCUCUCUCCGGCUCACAGUCGAAGACUCCUUCCCUCCCAAAUGGCACCCGCAUCCGUGGCUCUCCACGCUCCAACGACCUCCUCCCCUUUCCCCGCCGGCGCCGGAGAGCGCAGCCGGCCCCAGUGGGGUCGUCCACCUGCUUACCAGGCACCGCUUCCCCCGGUUGCCACGCGUGUGGUGCCGCGCCGGCUCCUACUUCCAGCGGCUGCCGGCAUUUGGGACUUCAUCUCCGGCGGAGCGGGUGGGGCGGCCGCCGCGUCCCUCGCCGUCCGGCGAGGUAUGCAGCUCUUCCGCCAGGGAGAUGUGGCUGGGUCAUUGGCAGAAUUCGACAAGGCAAUCGAGAUGGAUCCACGGCAGAAGCAAUAUCUUUGGCAAAGGGGUCUGUCGUUGUACUACCUCGACAGGUUCGAAGAAGGUGCAGAGCAGUUCAGACUAGACGUUGCAGCUAAUCCGAACGACACUGAGGAGUCCAUAUGGUGCUUUCUGUGUGAGGCUCAGCUGUACGGAAUCGAGGAAGCAAGGAAAAGAUUCUUGGAGGUUGGUUUGGACUCGAGACCUGUAAUGCGGGAAGCGUACACGCUGUUUAAAGAUGGUGGAGAUCCAGAAAAGUUAGUAGCAAACUUUUCGAGUCGCUCUGAUGGUGAGGUCUUUUAUUCUUCAUUAUAUGCUGGACUUUACCAUGAAUCUCAGGAGCUGCAUUUGAUGCUGAGCAGAAAGAUGCGGAGAGGGCGAAAUCUCACAUCGUUGCAGCAUGCAAGUCACCAUACGGAUCUAGGUCUGGCGAUUACAUGGCCUCGCUUGCGUUUGUGCACUGCCAGUGCCGCAACUGGGAUCUAGAAUGAAAGACACCAGUUUGAAGCGGACCCCGACGAUUCCGGUUGCAGCCAGCCACCAGACUGUAGCAUGGCAAUGGGUAUUUUAAUUUAUCCGCAUGGUGCAGACUGUGAACAUGCUUGCAGCCGGAUCCUCUUUGUUUGUCUGUGUAGCCUACGCAGUUACAGAACUGAUCCUGGUCAGGCUCCGGUUGAUUUUUUGGUCUUGUCGGAUUUUGAUUUUUGAGUCUGUGACUGACAGGAUUUGGAGUGCAUUGCUUCAGAGAAGAGAAUGUUUCGUGUCACUAGGCACGUUUAUCUUC